GGUUAGGUUUCUCGUUGAUGGUAGAUUUCAGACACAUUUUCAAAAAUUUAUUCAUUGCCGGAGACAUCAAAAUUAAUUUCAAUAUCACUUUCUUAACUUUUUUUGAAUACUGCUUAGUGUGAAAUCUGCCUCUCUUUUGUGUUUGGAAGGAAUUAAUUAAGAGUGUUGGCCUUUAGUUUCUACGUCCCAAUGUUUACCAUGAAUGCCAAAAUACAACAGUUGUUUGCUUUUCCUCUUCCGGAACGGGCAGAGUAUGCUACCAAACUGUUUGAGGAGUUCACAAUCAAAGAAUUAGAGGAAUUGUUUCCAGUACUGAUCGCAGACAUUUUUGGUCUCAACUCAAUGGGAUGGGGUCUACGAACAACACAUUAUAGUGCCAACCCUAGGACGUAUAACUAUUUGUUGAGUUUUUUCCAUCCAUCAGGACCAUUUCUGAAACUUUGUUAUAAACUCUUAUCUGACAGUUGUGUGAAAUAUGACUUCCCUUUCCAAUAUUUGCCGGACCAAGUCUGUCAACAAAUUGAAAAUGGUGUUAGUUCAUCUUUUUAUCAGUCAAGAGCUCAAAUAGAUCACCGAUCGAGAAAUCCAGUCUCUUUGUCCUUGAAUCCUUUGGAACUGUUUCUUUUCAACUUUGGUUAUCAUCUGGUGAACCCGUGGAUUGCUAAUUCAGCAGAUUUCUAUGAUAUCGCAAAUGUCGAGUCAUUAUAUGCACGUCUGACGCACGAGUAUCUACUUGCAUUUUUACCGAUUGAUAAUUCACAAGUUCUACCUCCAGUUUACAACUCUGUUAGCAUGCAUCGAAUCAGGAGUCCGGUUCAAAGUUCACCAAGAACGAUGAGGUCAUCCACCAUUUUCAAGCCAGGAGUUUUUCUUCUGCAAGAACCGCCCCCUACCCUUAGCACAAGGAGUCAAAUAUCAAGGCCGGAAAUUUGGCGUUCAGAGUUACUGGCUCAAGUUCUUAUUGAUUUUUGGUUAAACAUUCCAAGUCAAAGCUCUCAAUUGCCUGGUUCACCAACUUUGUCCCGAUCUCGAAAAUCUCCUGUUGGGGGUUCUUAUGUUAGAAGUUCAUCAACCUUUAAAGUGGCCAGGAAAUUUACCGAUUCUACUACCUCCAUUGAACAUUUUCGUUUAGUUAGAGUCAUGAUCAAACAUUUUCAUUAUUUUUCCAAUUCUAGAGCUGAUGGUUCUGAAGCCAUGUUAGAAUUCAGGAGGUCUCUCUUAAUAUCAUGUCAGAAGAAUAUUUAUUUGUUCCUGAAAGAAGCAAUGCAACAUUGGCCCAUUGAUUCUUCCUUUCGUCUUGUCGAAGAAACAUGGCUCAGCUAUAUCCAACCAUGGAGAUACACAUCAAAUCGUUGGAGGUUAAAUGAAGAUGUUAGUCAAGAGCCAAUUGACAGCGUUUGGUUGCAGUUCAUAGCAAGUAAUCUUCUUCUCUACACAUAUUUUUUCCAGCAAGUUGUGGGACGGUUUGCUAGGCUAGACCUUGCAACACCAAAAAAUUCCUGUAUGCUCUUCAGGUUCACGAAGGUAUUUGCAACGCCUAAUUUGAUGGACUCGCUGAAGGAAGUUGAAAACGGGUUGAAUAAAAGCAGUAGCCUGGGUGUAAUUGCUCGGCAAUCAAUUCUAGACAUGGAAGGUUCCAACUUCAUUUAUGAGCCAAUCACUGGAUCUUCUUCUGUUAAUCUGUUCGUCGGCUUCAAAACUGUCAUUGAGCAAGCAUUGAAUGUUGCACAGUCUAGAUUGGAAACAGAUCGAAGUCUGGAAAAAAAAAGCUUUUGGUCAACUCUUUUUACAACAAACUAUGACGCUCAGGAAUCAGUUGAAGAAAGGAAAAAGACACCGUUUUUCUUAUCUCAAUCUUUGAAUCAUCUUCGUAAUAUUUUUCCUAGCUUCGAUUGCGUUGACUCAUCCGUGCCAUUUUCAAGUGAUCUCAUAAACUCUUCCUUCUUAUCUGCAUCAUUUCGGUAUCAAGAUGAUGACUCCCUGAAUUCAUCCAGAAAACAAAAAAGACUGAAGUUGAAGUAUCAAGGAGAUCCUGACCUGCAGCCCAUCCGAAGUUGGGAAUGUGCUGUCUUCGUUCGGAUACUGUUUCAUUUAUCAUUUUGCAUCAAUACUCUGUUCAAAGACACACUCAAGGAACUAUACUGGAGAGAGGACCUUGUUGGUGGGAUUGCAAGGCAAAUACUCUGUGGGCCGCAAGUCAUCUAUUAUUACAACAAACACUCUGAAAGUGGAUAUUGUCCGCGAGUUUCCAGGCUCCUCCCACCACGACUAAGCCUCCGAUCUUUAGCAUCUUAUGGAUAUUUGGCAUUGCUGCCAUUUUUUUAUUUAUUCAUGUGUAUCUUUGACAUGUCAUUUGUUGCGGUGAGUUUGUGGUUAAGUUUAGCGAUAUUGUCUGUGAUGGUCAUCAGAGCAAAAUUGGGGCACUUCCCUGUGCCAUCUCAACCGUUAGAUGAAAGUGGCUGCUCCAAUGCUUCGCACUGUGAGUCCGACUAAUCUGGUUUUUUUAUUAAAUUGAUAUUUUUUUUACCAUUAUAAAUUUCAUGAGUCAGUUCCUAAAGAAAUAAAGCUGAAGUGAAUUUUCAACAAGAGUAAAUCAGAAAGAAGUUAAA